GCGAGGCACCGCGGGCGGGGCCGCUACUACCGCCCCUUCCGCCGACGCGAGGAGGCGAGGGGCGGCUGGGUCGGGCGCGCAGGAUGCUUCGGUCCCUCUGGAGUUUCCUCAAGCGGCACAAGAAGAAAUGUCUCGUCCUCGGCACCUUCCUCGGUGGAGUCUAUUUAUUAGGAAAAUAUGGGCAGAAGAAAAUCAGAGAAAUCCAAGAACGAGAGGCGGCUGAAUACAUCGCCCAAGCACGAAGACAGUAUCAUUUUGAAAGUAAUCAGAGGACGUGCAAUAUGACAGUGCUGUCAAUGCUUCCAACAUUGAAGGAUGCCUUAAUGCAUCAAUUAAAUUCUGAGAGUCUCACAUCUCUUCUUAAAAAUAGGCCAGCAAACAAGUUAGAAAUAUGGGAGGAUUUAAAGAUAAUAAGUUUCACAAGAAGCAUCGUAGCUGUAUAUAGUACCUGUAUGCUAGUAGUUCUUUUGCGAGUCCAGUUAAACAUUAUUGGCGGUUACAUCUACCUAGAUAAUGCUGCACUCUGCAAAAAUGGCACAACACCACUAGCUCCCCCUGAAGUUCAGCAGCAAUAUUUAUCAAGCAUUCAGCACCUUUUAGGAGAUGGACUGACUGAGUUAAUAACUAUUGUUAAACAAGCUGUGCAUAAAGUUUUUGGAAGUAUUUCCCUUAAGCACACCCUAUCUCUUCUGGAGCUGGAACAGAAACUUAAAGAUAUCAGGAAAGUAGUGGAACGUAAAGAUUCAGAUCAGAUUACAUCUUACUCUCCCUUAUGUCAUUAUCUGAUGCCAGAUGAAGAAAACCCCUUGGCUACCCAGGCCUGUGGACUCACAGAAAGAGACAUUGCUACAAUUAAAUUACUUAAUGAAACUAGAGAUAUGCUAGAAAGUCCAGACUUCAGUACAGUUUUGAGCACAUGUUUAAAUAGAGGAUUCAGUCGGCUGCUGGACAAUAUGGCAGAGUUUUUUAGACCUACUGAACAGGACCUCUCUCAGAAUGGCUCUGUAAAUAGUCUUUCAAGUGUCAGUCUUCCCUUAGCCAAGAUAAUUCCAAUAAUAAAUGGACAGAUCCAUUCAGUAUGCAGUGAAACACCCAGUCACUUUGUUCAGGACCUGUUGAUGAUGGAACAAGUGAAAGAUUUUGCUGCUAAUGUUUAUGAAGCUUUUAGUACCCCUCAGCAACUAGAGAAAUGAACUGCACAUUUAUAGGAAUAGAUUGUGUAUUUAUAACAAAUCCCUUGUGACUACUGAUGAGACUUGGGUUAAUUUUAUAAUGGUGUAGGAGUGGUAGACCAGGAGAAAGAACAUUCUGAAAAAAGUGGGAGUGAGCCCAUAUUUGUUCUAAUAGAAUUCUGUUUCAGACACCCAUUAAAAAAUAUUCUUGUUAAAAGAAUCAUUGUAUGUAAAGACUUUUCUAUUAAAAAAAGUGGUUAAACUCUUCCAUAAUUCAUCUGAUUUAUUUUUAUUGCAUCUGAAAGGCAUCUGGUGGCAGUAUUACAACAAGCUACUAAAAAACCCAUUUGUUUGCCUGGGGUGUGUUAGUUUUUUCCAAAACUAAUGACAGUGACCUAAGAACAGCACAGAGUAGCAGAACGAAGUAAGGCUUCUUUCUUCUUCUCCCCAAUUUUUCUUUUUCUUCAUAAAAACUCUUGGUUUUUUUCCCCUUAAACUUCACGUAUCUUAUUCCAAAGAGUCUCUCAUUCUUCGGAUAGCCUUUGCCAACUGAUGCAUGUUCCUCUUGAACAAGCUGAGGAGGGGUGCUCUCUCUGUUAUUUAAUACUAAAGGAAUGUGGAUUUUUAGAAGUUCUCUUGUUUAUGCUGUUCAAACAGCUACACUGUACACAUUAACUUGUAAAUAUUUUAUCUUAAUUUGUAUUAAUUUUGAGCCCAAUUGUCUGUAUUGUAAUAAAAUAUUUUAAUGUAAAA